AUGACGGCCCCGCCGGCGAGGGGCGGGGUGGCCGGCGGCCCCGACCUCGCACCCACCCGCCCGGCCGCCGGCUCGCCGCGGGGCAGCGGGGAGGACGGGGCCGGCGGGGCCCGGGGGGCGAGCGGGGGGGAGCGGGGAGGGGAGAGGGCAGCGCCGGGAGAGGAAGGGCCGGAGGCGGGGUGGGGACGGAGAGGGGAAAGGGCAGGAUUAGCCGCGGGAGCGCUGGGGUUUGGGGGCGAGCGCGAUUGUCCUAAGCCCGAGCACCCGGCGGGGAGAGGGGGGACGGAGCCGGCGGCGGGGGGGGGGCAGGAGACGGGGGCAGAGGCUGCCGGGGGGGCGAGGCGGGGGGGGGGCGUGCGAGAGCGGAGCCCCGGCGCCCCGGGGCGCGCAGCGGGGGAAGCCCCAGCGGGCGAGCGCCAGUCCCGGCCGCCGGCCGCGGCUCAUAAUUCCUCGCCGCCGUCCAUGGAGGGGGCCGCGGGGCGCCGCGCCCGCCUCCCGCCGCCGCCGCCUCCCGCCGCCGCUCCUCGGCCGGGCCGCGCCGCUUCCUGCCGCCGCCUCGCUUGGCUGGUGCCCUCUCGGCUGCGGGAUGGAGUCCGCCUAACCCAUGGCAUGGCGGAGAGCCGGAGUCACGGGAGGGGGCUCCGCAUCGCCCCACCGCCUCCCCCACCCGAGCGGCGCGGGGCGCGGGGCCCGGCUGCCGCCCCUAGCGGCGCCGCGCGGGCUGGGCGGCGGGGGGCGGCGGGGGGGGGGGGGGGGGAGGGCGACCGCUGUCCUUAUUUAUUUAUUUAUCCCCGCACAAAAAAAAAUGGACGCGAUAAAAAUCACGCGAGGAAGGACGAGGAGGAGCCAAGGCGCCGGCGACGCGCUGGGAGGACCGAGCCCGGCGGCCGCGGGGGGGUCGGGGAGGGCGGGGAGACGCUGCGCGGCCGCCGCUCCCGCCGCUCCCGCCGCUGGCUCUGCCCGGGGGGGCGGGCGGAGAGGGGCAGCCGCUGGGCGGGGCCCGGCCCCGAGAGCAGCCCCGGGGCGACAGAGCUGGCGGGGGAGGGGGGAGCGGCGGCCCCCGUGAGGCGGAGGCAGCGGGAAAGGCGAGGGGGGAAGCGGUCCCAGAAGGCGGCAGGGCCGCCACAGCCCCGUCCCCUCGAAGGCCCGACGGCGCGGGCUGCAGUUUGGGCUGCGAAGCGGAGAGCAACGCCGCGGGGGGGCGCCGGGCCGGCCUCCGGCUCCCCGGGCCGGGCGCGGCACCGCUGUUCGGCCGCGCGGGUCCUGCCCGACGGGGGUCCUGCUCCGCCGUCGCCUGGAGCGUCCUUCAGCCGACGCAAGGCGUGAAAUUUGCCCCAGCGUCUGUCUGGACAGAUUCCUCCAACCCAGACGGGCAGGAACGUGACACCGAUGAGAGAAGGCUGGAGAAGGAAGUCCUCCUCCCGCCCGGGAAGCCAGGCGGUGGUGGAAUAAACCUCUCAAAAAGCUUUUGCUACCUCAAAAUCCCCCACCUGAGCAGUCACGUUGAUGGCAAGAAAUAAUUUCCAGCAAAAGAACCCUACAAUGCCCAGAAUGCCAUCCGGCCCAAAUAAAUGGGAAAUAACCUGUCCAAGAAUGCUGAAGAAACAAUUCGAUCCAGAUCUGCAGGUUUUCAAUCUACUUACAGACAGUACAGUUCAACCUGCCGUUCUCCCACGUUAUGAGACAUAACUCCUAUUUCGCAUCAGUGUUGAAUAUCAUAUAAGCGUAUGUAGCAAUAAUAAAGUGGUUUUGUAAGGUUUAGUGUGGACAGUUUGAAAUCUCCACCGCAGAUCAUACGUUCCUGGAGCCGGUGCUAUUUCUAGCAGACCGUGACAUCAACUUAUAACCAGGUGCAAAGGCCCAAAAAAAAAAAGUCAUCUUCCUGAAAGUAUCCUGGUCCUCAUUAGCUGUAUUUCCACAGAGAAUAAAUUCUAGGAUGUGCCUCCACUAGCUGAAGAGUUCUGCAUGCAAUAUUGGGCUGAAGACACCAGUCCUUUGGGAAAACAAGUUGUGGAGGAACAGAUCACCAGAAGGACAUGAUAGGUUGGCUGUGGCACUAGAUAAAUCUGGCAUCGAAGUCAAAAAGAGAAGGAAAUGUAGAACUGUGUGUCAUCAGAUUACCAAAGAUAGUACAGUCCUUAUCAAUCUAUAAAUGUUGAAUGGAGGAAUUAACUGGACUGAUCCCUUUGGGAAACUGCAUUUUAUCCUGGGGAAGUGAGGAAGGAGAGAAAUCACUCCAUCGCUUCUAAGAAUAAUUAAAAAGAACCAGACCACUUGAAAGAAACCUCUCCACCCCAUCAGGUUACACAGUUGUUUCAAAAAUAUGUCAUGACAUGUCUCAACCAUAAACACUAACAGUAUUCUGACCGUAGUUUUGGUUGUCAGACCUCACUACAGCUCUUUGUGCAUUGCUUUAUUCAUCUGAAUUUCUUUCCGAUGGAUAUUUACCUCUGAACUUUCUGAAUUUACAGUGCCUGCUUCCAUAAUCAUUUCAACACGCCUGUGAUUUUUCAUCCACAAAUUACAAAUACCUGCUCUCAGCAUGAUUGUAGAAUUUCAAGAGCUUUCUUUUCUCCUUGGUAUUUGCCCUGUUCCCACCGAAUCCUGUACCAUUAAGCAGGUGACAUACUGAUGAAAAUAUAGCCAGAGCACAUACUUCUCUACCUACUCCAGAGUAAUGGUGUCAACAAUAAUCUACAAUCAAACAAGACAAAUUAUUAUCAGCUUGCAUGAUCAUUUAUAAAACUUAUUUUUAAGGAACGUUCAUUUGUAAUUCCCUCAGUAGUGAAACAUCUAUAAAUUCUGACCUUCACAUUCACGUGUCUCUGGGUACCUGCCCUUCCUGUCCAUCUCAGCUCUCAUUCUGAACUCACUACCAUACUCUGAAAAAACAGAUUCCCAUCCCUGGUUUACAUUCUUCUGUUGGAAUUGUUCUUCCACUGUAUAAUCUGCAACUGAAAAUUCACUCCAGUCAUAUAUCAAAGCAACUACGAGAGUAAAUGAGUUGGUAGAUUCAUCA